GACAUUUCAAUCUACUUCGACUUUAUCGAGUCCUGGGAAUAUGCGAACGAGGUGACACAAAAGCCAGCACUUUCGUAUUCUCUUUGGUUAUCUAUCUUGAGGCGCCUGGAAAAAAUAACCCAGAACUACAACGAUACAGAAGUGGACCAUGCGAUUUCAGUCGCCUUCGAAAGCCUUCGUUUGCGAAGUGGACUGCUUAUGGAGGAUAUUUGGUCGUCUCACAAGUCAUAUUUUGAUGGGAAAUCACGCUCAAAAUGGUUGAUUAGAGCAAUUGAGAGCUCGAAAGAGACUUUCUCCUCCAAUAAUGCACGAGCUGCACUAAGGAAUCAAGCCGUCGAUCUAGCUGCCUUAUUCGUCUUAACGGAGGGCAGUCAACGCAUUCCCAUAGAAGCGCUUUUGGCCUCGAAAUCUUUGGAGCGGUCUACCGAAGUUACCGCCAUAUCCACGUUAUUGCUCCUCAAGAUACUGGUGGGAGCUUCUCAGAAG